UCUGAAACAGAAUUGAAAAGACGUGGAAAAUCUUUGCGAUCGGUUGAAAGCUUAAUUAUCAUCAAAUCGCGUUCCGUUGCUGACGUGCAUGUGUUACUAAACGGAAUAUCACACACCGGUGUGUUGUUGAGUGUUUUUGGCUCUGAACUCGGGUGAUCGGGUGGUGAUAAAAAAAAGGAAAGUGCUAGACAAUAAGGUGUUGAACACCAUUUACCAUUGAAUGUUUAGCCACGGAAAUUAAAUUUUGUUUUUGUUUUGAUUUUUGUUUUGUUUUACAUUUUUGUGUCGUCUUUUUGUUGUUGUUACGCUGAAUGUUAUUUAUUAUCCUUUCGCGUAAUUACAUCACCAGUGAUUUAUCGUUGGAUGUAACCGAAAAUUGAGCAUCCGAUUUUAUAAGAAAGGAUUACGGUGUGUGAGACGAGGCGUGCGUGUGAAAUAAAUUUUUAUUGGAAUCGAGAUUAGAAUUUGAACGAAUUGUCUACAAAACUCUUAAGAAAAUGCAUCACAUGGAUUAUCAUCGAGUAUCGAUGGCCGACGGCAUGUUGAGCAAUCAUUCCGGCACAGAGAGCAAUAUUCUGAAUGUAACGAAUGAUUGUUUCUAUUCGCCGGAUUAUUGGAAUAUUCCCUACACGAACGGAUUAACUCCAAUGAAACAAAUCGAAGCAUGUUUACAAACAGCUGGGAAGGAUCGCCUGUCCUACAAGCCAUUAGAUCAUGUCGAUCAAAAUAUCAAAUCGCCAUCAGAUACUAAAAGUUCAAUCAGUGGCUACGAGUCGGAGAAUGAUGUCAUAGACAGUAACCACCAUAGACAUAGUCCUAAGAAAUGUGAUCAGAAAGAGUCCACAUCUAGUCAUCCAGCGCUAGCCCAAGCAAUGGUUAUAUUGGAAACGAAACAAUUGUGGGAUAAAUUCCAUGAACAAGGUACCGAGAUGAUUGUCACAAAGACUGGCCGUCGAAUGUUUCCGACCUUUCAGGUUAGACUGUGUGGCUUGGAUCCACAAGCCAUGUACAUUAUGAUGAUGGAUUUUGUACCCGUCGACGAUAAACGAUAUCGAUACUCGUUCCACAGUUCGAGCUGGGUAGUAGCUGGGAAAGCGGAUCCAAUUUCACCGCCACGGAUACAUGUGCAUCCGGAUUCGCCAGCACCAGGUGCCACAUGGAUGAAACAGGUUGUUUCGUUUGACAAAUUGAAGCUGACGAACAAUCAAUUGGACGAAAAUGGUCAUAUCAUACUGAAUUCGAUGCAUCGAUAUCAACCACGAUUCCACAUAGUUUAUCUACCGCCCAAAAAUAGUUCAGAAGAAUCAGUCUUCCGGCGAUUUAUCUAUCCAGAAACGUCGUUCACAGCGGUUACAGCAUAUCAAAAUCAAAGAGUGACGCAAUUAAAGAUUGUUAGCAAUCCGUUCGCCAAGGGUUUUCGGGAAAAUGACGCUAAUGAUGAAUCUCAAGAAAUCAUGAGCAGUUUACAUAUUAAUCAACAUUCACAGAACCGCCAAAGGAGUAACAGCCGAUCCACAUCAAACCAUUCAAAUAAAGAUGACGAUAUUCACUCUCAACAAAACGGCCCAGCGCAAACAUUGGACCAAUCCGUUCCACACCCGAAUCGAUACACACAGUCUCCGCAUCAAUCAACUCAAUCGAAUAUCCAUACCAUAUCGCAGCCGUACGGAACCGAAUCGAGUAAUUUCGGUCCGUUCUAUCACCAUCACAACCAUAUACCCAGCUAUGGCAGUCCGUAUGACAAAUUCAAAAUACCGUCGAAUGCUCACACGCGAACGACAAGUUCGCCGUAUGCGCCUUUUCAGGGAUUUUACGGUAAUCCACAUCAAUUGGGCAGACCGAACGGUUACAUUGAUUUGGUGCCGAGAUGAAUUUGAAAUUUUUAUUUAGGUUGCGCUUGUACAGUUAGUUUUAAAGUUAAAUUUGUUUUCAAGUUCAAUUAUAAGUAAAAGUAAGUUUGUUCUAAGUGAGUUCAAAUAAAAAUGAUGAAAAUCGAAGUGUAAAUUUUCAAAUUAGGAAAUGAAAUUUAACGGUUUUCCAAUUUGUAAUAAUUUAUUUCUAACAUUAAAAUUGGUAAAUUAAAUUUAUUUUGAUUAAAUUGC